GUACCAGAGGCCAUUCCACAAUCAUGUGUGCGAUCUGGGCAGUGACUGGAGAUCUACGGGGCACGUGGACGGGGGCGGAUGCCUCUUGUUCCCUGGGCCAUUAUACCUGACAGUCGCCCUGCCAGGUGGGGUCGUUGUACGCGACAGUCCCCACGUGCUGGUCGGCAUACAGCUGCUCGAGCUCAACUUCGCGGACAACGGGGUGCGGCCUUGCGGAGUCGCAUCUCUGGAUGGAAACGUCGAGGGCGCAGGUCCGCCGUCGGCGGAGCGCUUCCCGGGCCCCGGCAGUGCCAUCGCCGGCAG